AUGGCCAGUGUGAAUAGAACAGAUAUUGAGCAUGCUAAGGAACCAGAAUUUAUAGCAGUGGAGGCGCUCAGUCAGUUGUGUAAUAGUAAUGCAAAAACAGAUGAGAUUAAGGAUAAUUCACAUGGAGAGGAAAAGCAGGAAGAUAAACAGCAUUAUGACGAUGGAGAAACAUUGCUUCAUAAGAUGAGGCAGAAUUCGAUCAUAAAUAAUGCGGUGAGCCUAUAUGAACAAACUAAAUUACAACAUCCUAACUUUAAGAGGCGUGUGGAACUGGUGGAGCGUAAAGCAUCGACGAUGGUCAGAAGGACCAGUGAAUUUUGGAGUCAGGCAGAUAGCUCAGAGAACGAUUGCAUGGAUGAUGUGUAUAGUACGGGUACGCCACUGGAUGAUCACCUGGGGACUCCACUCCGAGUGUCGAAAAGACAGAAGAUCAGGGAGAAUUUUAAGGAGUACCGAUUAAACAUGUCUAUAGAAUCCAAAAAGCAAUUAAUUACAUGUUUGCAUCUUCUCAAGUUGGCUAAUAAGCAGCUUUCACAUACAGUUUCAUCUUUGCAGGAUCUGGUGCAGAAAGAGAAGGAGACGGCAGAGCAGCAUUUGCCUCACAAAGAUUCAGACUCAGAUGAUAAUGAGCAGUUCUAUGAUGCUUCUGAAAAUCUGGCGGAUGAGAGAUCCAAAGAAAUUAAGAUGGAGGUUGUUGGUACUGUAAAAAAGGUCUAUUCGUUGAUAUCCCACUUUGCGGGGAAUUCUUUACCAGAGCCCGCAAGAAGCCAGGUGCGGGAGACGUUGUUGAAUUUGCCCACGAAUUGGUCCCUUAAUGUCAAUUCUACGUCCAAACAACGGUCUUCAAAUCCCCGGCUUUCUGCAAAUGGCAAGAUAUUAAUUUUAGCGGAGGAAUCAUUGGACAUGGUUAGUAAUGUUAUACAGGUGUUUGAUGGAACGAUUGGGAAGGCGGAAGAAUGGGUUAAGCACAAAAGGGAGCUCAAAGAGCUCAUUAAAGCGCAAUAUAUAGAAACGCAGCUGAAAUUAAAAGUUAAGAGACAGUUAGAAAAAGAGCAGGCAGAGGGGCAACAUCAGGAAUUAAAUCACGAAUCUAUAUAA